AUGACAAACGUGAAGAUGGGCUUCCUUUCCGAGUUCUCCUUUGACCGCGUUGGGCCCAUUGGGGUCUACAUCUUCAUGGGGGUGUACUCGUUUCUGGCGGCUUGUCAGCUUAUGGCAUUAAUGAAGAGGAGCACCAGCGCCAAGACGCAACAUCCGAUCCGCUUGAUGCUUGGGAUUUGCGUCGGGGCGGCGGCUAUUGGCACGCUUUCCUUCCUGCUGAACACCUUGUGGUAUGCUUAUCACGGUGAAGACCAGGACAACCUGUACAUGGCAGCGAAGCUUCUGAAAGCUGGCUCAAAGUACACCCUUCUCGCCAUCCUCCUACUCCUGGCUCGGGGACGCUGCAUCUCGGUCCCCUUGCAUGGCAGAGAUCUGCUACAAGAAGCUCGAGUCUUAGUGCCACUCUACAUUGCCAGCGUGACGCUGGAGGUGUGGGGCGAGUUUGCCCAGUCUCGGACAUACACAACAGACUCAGUGUACAGGACAGUCAUCGGCGACAUCAUCAUUUGCAUCGACAUCGCUUUGCUGGUUCUCUACCUACGAAAUCUUUGCCGUUCUUGGAGUGCGGAGACAGACACACCAAAGCGCAACUUCUACAGAACAUGGGGCUUGAUCUAUGCCGGCGCCUUCUUGCUAUUACCA